AUGUUCGCCGUUAGAUUUGAUCCAAAUAAAAUCAUUGAAGAAACUAUUCAAGAUGAUGACAACAAUGACCAACAACAGACUGCCAUUACCACUAAUGAUAAACAUAAACCUAUUAUACCGUUGAAAAGAAAAAACCCAAUUGAGAGCGAUAAUGAGAGUGAAAGUGAAAGUGAAAGUGAAAGUGAUAGAGAAAGUGAAAGUGAUAGAGAAAGUGAAAGUGAAAGUGAAAGUGAUAGAGAAAGUGAAAGUGAAAGUGAAAGUGCUGAUGAAGAAGAGCAGGAACAAGAACAAGAUGAAAAAGAUAUAAUAGUUUCUCCUGCAGAAGAACAAGAAGGAGAUGAAGAUUCAGACAUUGAAAUGCAGAGUGCUGACGAUAACACGAAUAAUGAAGAAUCUCAUGAAGAAAACUCAAAACAUAACUCUGUGUUAUCAAGAUUCCAACAAACUCUUUCAUUACAAGAGAAAUUGAAACGAAUAAAUGAAACUACUGAUAGUAUUACAAAUGAAGAUUCAAAAACAGAUGUAUCCAUGGAAAAUGUUCAUGAUUUGGAAAAUAUUCCUCAACCUGCUAUUGUCAGAAAUUCACAAUUAAUGAAAGCAACAUCAAAUGAACAUAAAUCAAUUGCAUGGACCCAUACUACUAAGAUCCAUUAUGAUUCAACAAUGAUCAAACCUUACCAAUCAUACGCAAAUCAAUUAGAGCCUAAAUUAUUACAAAAUAUUGAAAAAUAUUUCUCUCAUGAAACUUUCCCCAUUCAAACUAUCUUAUUAGACACCAUAUUACCAACUUUAAAUUUCUCAUUGAAAACAACAAAAAAACAUUUCACAAGAAGAGUCGGGGAUAUCCUAGUGAAUGCAUCUACUGGAUCGGGUAAAACUUUAGCAUAUUCUAUACCAAUCAUUCAAACUUUAUCCAAACGUAAAGUUAAUAAACUUCGUGCAUUAAUCAUUGUUCCAACAAAAUUAUUGAUCCAUCAAGUUUAUGACACAUUGAGUAAAUUAUCUCAAGGUACAGGAUUAAUAAUAACCAUGUCCAAAUUAGAAAAUUCUUUAAAAGAGGAACAUAUAAAAUUACAAACAAAUGAACCAGAUAUUUUAAUAACAACCCCAGGAAGAUUAGUAGAUCAUUUAAAUAUGAAUUCAUUCAAUUUGAAAAAUUUGAAAAUGUUAGUAUUAGAUGAGGCUGAUAGAUUAUUAAAUCAAUCUUUCCAAAAUUGGUGUAAUGAACUAAUGAAAAAGUUAACCAUUGAUAAAACUCCAAUAUAUCAAAUACCGGGUGAUGAAAUUUCAAUGUCAACGGAUCAAAUGCCAGGAAAUAUUAUAAAAAUGAUCUUCAGUGCCACUUUAACCACUAAUACUCAAAAAUUACAUGAUUUGAAAUUAUUUAAACCAAAAUUGUUUGUCAUGGAUUCUGUCAAAUUAUAUCAUUUACCAAGUACCUUACAAGAAUAUAUUAUUAAUAUUCCAACGGCAAAAAGUUUAUUUAAACCAUUAUAUUUAUUAAAAUUAUUAUUAAAACAAUAUGAAGAUCAACAAAUGCAAGGCUCUAGAAUACUAGUAUUCGUCAAAUCAAAUGAAAGUUCGUUAAGAUUAGCAACUUUAUUAAAAAUAAUGAUAAACAAAACCAGCAAUUUGAAUGAAUCUAAUUAUCAAAUAAAUUCAAUUAAUUCUAACAAUUCCAAAGCUGAUAAUAGAAAAUUAGUAACGGAAUUUUCUAAACCAUUUGAAGAUUCUUCUAUGUUGCAUGCAAAGAUAUUAAUUACUACAGAUUUAAUGUCAAGAGGUAUUGAUAUUAAUAAUAUUACUGACGUUAUUAAUUAUGAUUUACCACUCUCCUCUCAACAAUAUGUUCAUCGUUCUGGUAGAACCGCAAGAGCUAGAUCUAAUGGUAACGCCUACAAUAUGUUGGUCGGUAAGGGUGAAAGAACCUUUUGGUCACAACAAAUUGACGAUGAUGUGGCAAGGGAUGUCAAUGGGUUCACUCCGAAGAUAUGGGGUAAAGAAGAUAACGAAGCUGACAGUGAACAAGAAGGAAAAAAUAGCGUCAUUGAUUCUUUCUUACAAGUGACAGACGAUGAAGAAGCAACAUACAAAGAAUGCUUACAACUAUUAAAAGAGAAAACUUUGUAA